CCUAUGACAUUCAGCUCCAUCACUGCAAUCCAAACGACUUUCAGACAAGGAACUGCGAGUGAAAUAGAGAUUUAGAGAGACAAUAGGUGAGAAGAGUAUUUCAAACUAGGUAGAAAUACAACAGAAACCCACUAUGUCAUUUAAAGUGAAGGACAAGACAGAGGUGCGUCUGGUGUUUCUGGGAGCAGCUGGAGUGGGUAAGACGGCCCUUAUUCAACGCUUCCUCAAAGACACGUUUGAACCCAAGCACCGGCGAACAGUGGAGGAGCUCCACAGGAAGGAGUAUGAGGUGGGGGGCAUGAAGGUCACCAUCAACAUCAUGGACACCAGUGGCAGCUACUCCUUCCCAGCCAUGCGUAAGCUCUCCAUCCAGAACAGCGAUGCCUUCGCCCUGGUGUACGCUGUGGAUGACCCCCAGUCCCUGGAGGCGGUCAAGAGUCUGCGAGAGGAGAUCCUGGAAGUCAAAGACGACAAGUACACACCCAUCGUGGUCAUAGGCAACAAGAUCGACCGUCACAGCGAGCGACAGGUGUCCAGCAAGGACGUGCUGUCCACAGUUGAGCUGGACUGGAACCAUAGCUUUCUGGAGUCUUCGGCCAAAGAAAAUGUCAAUGUGCUGGAGGCUUUCAAGGAGCUGCUAAUGCAGGCCAACCUGCCCAGCUGGCUCAAUCCAACACUGUGCCGCAGGCGGGAAACCAUCCCAAAGGAAAGUACCAAGCAACCGCCUAUGAACAAGACCAACAGCUGCCUCAUCUCUUAGUGAUGUUGAGCAGAAACACACAAAGAGAGUGAGACGUGAUGGUAACAAGCUGCCAAAAAGAGAGUCAAAGACUGGACAGAAGUCAGAAAAGCUGACUGGACACAUGUUCAUCUAAAGUGUUAGACCAAUGUGUGAAGACAAAAGUAAUACUGAGUUUGAGACCCGAGUUUGAAGAGAUACUGUGCAGACGUCACCACAAAGACAUGAAAGACUGUUUAAAAAAAUAAAAAUAAACGACAGUGCACAGACACCGUUUACCAUGAAUGUCAAAAAUGAUGCAGUAAUAAAUGUCGUGUUAUGCAUCAUAUAAGCUCCAUUUUGCUCAGAUGUGUUUCAUUUUGGGGUUUUCGUGUUACUGUUGCUUUUAAAAAGCACAAUUACUGUACAGUCACCUUUUAUUUAUGCAAAUGUGGGUUUGUGUCGUUAUAUGAUGUGUUUUAUGAAGAAGAAGAACUUUACAUUUAAAACAUUAUGCUGUGAAAUGUGCGGUGCAGCAGUGUUGAAAUCUGGACAUUUACUGUUUCUCACUCUUUGUUUGACUCAUACAUUUAUUUGUUUUCUUUUGCCUGCAAGAAUGUAAGUGUUUAAGUGCUUUUUGUAUUCACUAAUACACCACAGUGAUGUUUGUAUUAAAUAUAAAUGCUGAUUUUAUUAUAAACAAAACCACUCUUGGUGUAACAACUUG